AUGAGGCUUCCCAGAACAGCAAGAGCAAUCGCGUGCAAUUGCGCCCGUUUCUCUGCCCGAUACAGGGCACGAAUAGCAGCAGCAGCGCUGCGCCGGCUUGCGCGGAGCUGCCGAGCGCGGUCUGUGGGCGCCCGGCGGCGGCGGAAGGAGGGGAAGCUCCGCGCUCCGUGCCGCAGCCGGCCCGCAGGGGGCAGCCGCCGGCCCGCUGAGGCCCGCCGGGUCGCGGCGGGGAUGGCGGAGGAGGCGGACGAGGCGGAGCUGGGCCUGCUGGAGUGCCGGGUGUGCUUCGAGCGGUACGGCCCCGGCGGGGGGCGGCGGCCGCGUAACCUGCCGUGCGGACACGUCCUGUGCCGCGGCUGCGUGGAGGCGCUGGGCGGCCCCGAGCGGCGACGCCUGGAGUGCCCCUUCUGCCGGCGGCCCUGCGGCCUCAGCGAGACCGGCGACUGCCUGCCGCUGCUGCAGCUGCUGGAGCUGCUGGGCCCCGGCGGCCGCGGCCCCUCGGUCCUCGGCGGGGCGGGCGGCGGCGCGGCUCCUCCGCGGCUGCGGCUGUCGCUGGGCGGCUGGGGGUCGCUGCUGAACCCCACGGGGGUGGCGGCGUGCCGGACGUCGGGGCGCCUGGCGGUGACCCACGACGGCAAAAAGAGGAUCCACGUCUUCGGGCCGAGCGGGUCCUGCCUGCAGCGGUUCGGGGAGCGGGGGGACGCGGGCAACGACGUCAAGUACCCGCUGGGCGUGGCGGUCACGGCCGACGGGCACGUGGUGGUCGCCGACGGCGGGGACCGCUCGGUGAAGGCCUUCGACUUUGACGGAAGGGGGGUUCUGGCCGUGCGAGAAGGGUUCUGCCUGCCGUGGGGGCUGGGCGCCACCCCCGGGUGCGACGUGAUGGUGACGGACGCCGAGGCCGGAGCUCUGUUCCGCCUCACGGCUGACUUCGGCGCGGGGCGGCUGAAGAAGUGCCAGCUGGUGCGCUCCAAGCUGACCAGCCCCAGAGGGGUGGCCGUGUGCCCGAGCUCGGGUGCCGUGGUGGUGAUAGAGCACCUGAAGACUGAAGGACCGAGUGGCUGCAGCACCCGAAUGAAGAUCUUCAGUGCAGACAUGACUCUCGUUGGCCAGAUGGAUAGCUUUGGGCUGAACCUCAUCUUCCCCUCCAAAAUAUAUACCACAGCUGUGGCCUUUGACAAAGAGGGCUGCAUCGUCGUGACCGAUGUCUGCAGUCAGGCUGUGAUAAGCCUGGGGAAACCCGAGGAGUUUCCCAUCUUUAACCCUCUAGUAAGCCACGGGCUUUCUUAUCCCGUAGGACUAACUUACACGGCAGACAACUCCCUCGUUGUUUUAGACAGCGGUGAUCAUUCAGUGAAAAUAUAUAGCUCUGCUUGAGUGGGCUUAGAGGUGUUCUGCUACUGGUUUGAGCUGCUUUUGGCUGCAAAGUGUGUGCAGUGCUGGUGUUCAGAGGCAUGGAGGGAGGGAGGAUAUCCUGAGCUUUACAUGAAGUGAAAUUGCCCUCUUAGACUGAUGUACUGUACUUCCCAUAAAAUGUACGCCAGAUCCCAUGCGUGGCUGCAGGAGACAUCGUGGCUGCUGCAGACCUAAGUCAGCAGUGAACCAACCAAGCAAUUAGGAAUUUUAGAACUAUUCCCUAUGCUGACAACCAAAAAUUCAUACUAUGUAUUAACAACAGCAUUUGGAAUGGAGUAAUCCAAAAUCUGCACCUGGGAUAGAAAAGGAUGCUGCUUUUGCUUACUGUUAUUCUGUUUUUGACAGAUUUCUGCAUGACAAAAGACUCUGACUUGAUGAUAGGAAAAAUGGCAGCUUCAGCUCAAGGCCAAUUGAUCCAGCCAUGAUCAGUUGCAAUACAUGAGCUAUUAGCAUUUGGUUAGUUAUAUGAAGUGAAAAGAUGCUCAAAGCCUUUUUGUUUUCUUCUCCAUAUUGGGGAAAUGCACUUCUGGGUAUGCCCUUCUUUGUGUGCAUUUCUUACUACUUUGUUGGUGUUUUACUGAAACACAACACUUCCCACAUAUCACAUGGAUCCAUAUCUUCACUGAGAUGUGUAAUUACUGGCAUGUGUGGCUUUCCCUAAACGCAUCUCCAGGUACUCGUGUGUAGACCAUGGGUAUUUCUGCAUCUACGGAGUGGAACUGGCCAUGUUAGUAACGCAGGUACUCUUGAGAGAUUUCCAGUACUGCCUGCAUCUGUCUUGAAAUUAAUAUGGUACUUCUGCACCACUCUGCAAAAUUCAGUUGAGAUGUUGAAUGUUGGAGAGGAGUAAUAAGGACAAGGGGGUGAGAGCCUUGCCUUUUCUAGCCUACAAAAAGUAUUUUGCUGACAGCAGAUAGCAGGUUAACAACUCUCUGUUUUCUUGAAAACCAUUUUACUGUGGAUGUGAGUUCUGUUGCCUUACUACACCACGGGAAUCCAAGCGUAUGUGCAUUGUUGCAUUGUUUUUAGAACGAUAUAACACACCUACUAGAACUCACUGCUGCAUUCUAGGAAUUCAUGUGUUUCUAAAAUAAUUACCUAGGUAGUUCAGCACUAAAAGAAGGUUACAUGUAAAUGUGUCUUCUGAGGUGGAGACAAAUAGAUUAAACUAACAUAAAACUUUUAUGGAUGUAUAUUUAUUGACUGAAAGCAUGCCUAUUAACUAAAGCCACUUCAAGUUCAUGGGUAGUGUUUCUAUUGGUUAACUUCUCAUCUAGCUUUUGCUCUGACUUCUUGGCCAUUUAAUAACUACUGUAUUGCUGUAUGAAUACCAUGUACGAAGUAUUUCAAAUUGGAGCAAUUUUGGUCCUUAAAGUCAAUGUAUUAAAGCUCUUAUAUUCAGGCUAUGUAUUAAUAUAUCUUCUGUUAACAUUUAUAAAAGCAAAGCAAACAAGUAUAUUAAAUACAGCUAUUUGUAAAGGUUAA